GUGAAUUAACAAGGUUAGUUGAGGUGUAGGAAGGCAAGAAAGAGUGAUUAGUUGAGCAGAUGAAACUGUAAACAAAUCUGAAUUUUACAAAAACAAGAAAUCUGCGUAAACACUCAUCUUUAGAGACUAGACAAAUUUGGCAAGUUCACAACGAUUGCUCGAUUGCUCUAGUGAAUCAGUAAUUUUUGAGUUAACUUCAUUUUACUAUUAGUUAUCAGAAGGAAGACCAAGUUAAACCAAAUCUCUUUAUUCAAUAAUUUUGUUUCAUCAAUAAAAUCGGAACACAUUUAGUUUUACAUAUUUUGUUGGUUGGUUUGUCUAUUGAAUCAUCAUGUCUGCUAAUACUGAAAAUAAAGAUUUACGUGAAGCCUGUUCCAAGGGUGAUUUAGCUGAGGUUAAACGUUUAUUAGGCAAAGGAGCUGAUGUUAAAUCAAGAGAUUCUUCUGGUAAUACACCUCUUCAUAUGGUUGACGAAGGCCAAUUUGAGGAGAUAAUUGAUUUGUUGGUGAAGAAAGGAGCUGAUAUUAGUAAAGGUGAUCGUAAUAUGUGGACUGCACUUCAUUGGGCCUCUGUAAAGGGUAAAAAUGAUGUUGUCAAGUGUUUGAUUAAACACGGAGCCAAUGUAAAUGCUAAAACUGUGGACGGUUUCACGCCAUUGAUGGCAGCAAUCAAUGGAUUUUACAAUAAAGUUGGUAAUUACGCUAAUGAAGGAUCUGAACACAUUUUUAAAGAUGUCUGCCUCGCCAUUGCAUCUCAUAUGACCAAAGCUGAUAUGGUUAAUAUCAAAAACAACGAGGGUUUCAAUGUAUUAGAUUUUGAUAAUGCUCUGAACAACAGUUUUGUGCUUUCCAUGCUUGAAAUCAUCCUUAAAUGAUUAUCAUUUUUCCCCAAAACUUGGCGGAAAUACGCAAUGAAUCGACUAUUUUUCAUAGCUUCGCAGGCUUCCGAACGUUAAAAAUCGCUUUUUAUUUCAUUCAAGUGCCAUUAGCGCAAAUUUUGCCAAAGAGAGGAAAACAAACCUCCAAAAGUACGACUGUAUAAUAAAUAUGAAAAUAUAUCAAUAUUAA